AUGUUUGCGGGCAGUACACUCUCCAGUGACGCCAAGGGAAUUUGGGAUUACAAUCUUAUUGAGGAGGGGCCAGAACAAACUGGAACGAGUAAUAGUUCCGAGCUGUCGGACGACGAAGAGGAUGAUGAUGGAGAUCAUCAUGACGACGAUGGGCAUCACCAUUUGCUCGAAGAUAUCAACGAAGAUCAAGAGCGGGAAAUCCAAAUGCCACCUUCACCACGAUCGUCCAAACCGAGAAAUCUUCGCAAAGACCAGCGAACACGGAGCCACAGUGGAAACAACCACCCCAAGCCGACCAGGACGUUGUCUCCCUCGAAGGCACAAAAGCAACAUUCCCAACAGCAACAUCAACAACAGCAACAACAAUCACAUCAUAAGCAGUCAAAACAGCAACAACAACUAGUAGUUGAAACGACUGAAAACAAACGACAUCUGUACAUAUAUCGAGCUGGCAAAGUAUCCAAGUUUUCCGUAUACCCCUCCGAAACUAUCCUACACAUCAAGUCCAGGAUACAACGAAAGCUGGGCAUUGCACCAGCCAAACAGUACCUGGAAUGGGAUGGAAUCGAACUUGAGGAGCAACGAACUAUUGCACAGUACGGGAUACCCACGGAUGCUACUCUCGUGCUAUCCAAGCUCCGAAGCAUCCCCUCGCAUCCAUCAAUUCACACGGAAAGCUUAAUGUCUGGCAGCAAACAACAACAUGUCAUGGAAGAAUCACAAACUGCAACCACGGAUCAUGACCUUGAAGACCACCACCGCCACCACCAUCACCAUCGUGAUUCUUUGGACGAAGAAGAACGAGAUGACCAUCUCGAUGAUAUCCGACCCAAACGUCGUGGUAGAUCUUCCACUUCCCGGCCCGUGCCAAUCACUACAACGAAUAGCAAUCCCAAUCGACCCCCCAAGCCUCCCCGACAGCAGCCACCUUCACCCACGUCGUAUGCCUCUUCGGAUCACGACUCCUUCAUGACGUCCCCCUCCCAACAGCAGUAUCCCGAUCCACGCCGUCGGCAGCAAGCAUUACUCAACAAACUCAAGAUUCAGAAUCACAAUAGCCAGCAAAGUACCGGUGACGUGUCAUCCCUGGAACACGAAUCCACACUGCCCUCACGGCCUCGUCCCAAGAAACAACCGGCUCCACCACCACCUCCACCACCGCCACCCAUUGACGUUUUCGUCAAUACCAUCAUGGGAUUCACCAUCAACAUUGCCGCCAAGGCAACCGACACGGUCGAUCGUCUCAAGAAAAUGAUUGAAGAACAGGAAGAUAUUCCCUUUAAAAAGCAAAUCCUCAUUUUGGACGGCGUUCCCUUGGAUGACGCCCAAUUCCUGACGGAUUACACGAGCAGUUCGUCUUUGCACGUCUUGCUGCGAUUGCAGGCGGGAACGGGAAGUAGUGUGGGUGGAGCAUCGUUCGUUACGCCCGCCAGCAGUACCAUGGCCGCAGUGCCGCGCAAAAAGAAUCGACUGUUGGGACGUGGUAUGUAA